CUGUGUCAGACCAAGGAGUUUCACGUAAUCGAGGGUCUCAGCGGCUUCAUCUACUCGCACGAGCCGUACGACCAGGUGUCGUACCGACCUAACAGAAAUUGUUUCAUUGUGCUGCAGACGCUGAAAGACUACAAGAUCAGGAUCGAGGCGGUCGAAUUUUUGGUCGAGGGUGUGCCCAACCAAUGCAAAGGUGACACGCUACACCUCUUUGACCUGGACAAACCACGAACAACGGACGCCACAGACGGCCCUGGGCCAAUCAUCGGUCAAAUUUGCGGCAAGGUGAAAAACAGGACGCUGCUGGCGACGUCCACGUACAACGCGAUGACUCUCUGGUGGCACACCGACUCGGUACUGGAGAAAUACAAGGGUGGUUUCAUCCUGAAGUGGACGGCGUUCCGUAACUCCGACGGUAUCACCAUGACUGAGUUCCAGUGCGGCAACGGCAUGUGCAUUCCGCGCGUGCUGGCCUGUGACGACGUACUUCACUGUCCGGAUGGCUCCGACACCGACCGGAGCCUGAAGUUGUCCAUCGGCUGUGAAAGUAGGUCGCCGGCUACAUCUUUUUACACCUCUUUGUUCACUAUGAGACUACAAUCGAUCCGUUGGUCCCGUCCGAACUUUCAAUCGGCUUUUCGGCGACAGAGAGUCACGGCUCUGGAUAAACAGUUUUUAGACUCGAAUCGAGCAACAUCCAACUGCUCUGCUACGAUUGACAUAUCCGAUGAUCGUCAUAUAAACAUGCUGUAG